UUUACGCUGACCUGCACUUUGAUGUAAAUGUACGCGACAUGUACUGACUUAAAAUGUAUAUUCCUGUUACGAGUACGCGAGAAUAAGGUACAUAUUUUAUUAGUUUGUGAUUAGAGCCUAGUUGUGCGUAGGCGACGCUAGUUCCUCUGGUUAGUAUUCGGCCUCCGGGAUGAUUGACAUUAGAAAUGCCAGCUGGAUUUUCUGUAGAAAUGCGUCUUCCACGGGUUGGUCUUUAAAGUCUCUUCGCCUAUUUUCCUUCCGCGAGGCUUCUUGUUGUAAUGCACAUGAAGAGCAGGUAUUUGCGGAUGUAUAAUCGCUUCUGAAAACUGCAGCAGAUAAGACAUGGAUGUAGAUGCAGAGAAUGGAGACUUGUAUUUCAGGGAGAAGGACAGUAUUACAGAAGAGAAUUGGGGACUGCAAAGGCCAUUUUCAUCCUCUGAUGUAAUGUAUGCUGGCUCUGACAAAACCCUGGAUGAAUGGACAGUAGACACCCAAAGUGCUCUGAAGGACAGCAUACCAGAGGAUGUGCUUCAUGCAAUCAACCCAAAUGACAUCUUCCCUAGCAGUGCCCCAGUCGAGACCUUCUCAGAGAGUGACAGCGGUACCUCUGAGGACCCCUGCUCCAAAAGCCCCCUAGCAGCCAUGCUGGACCCCUCUGCCGCCCCUAAUACCGUCUAUCAAGUGGUCUGUGACUAUGACAUCAGCACCUUGGCCAAGAUCAAGACAGAGCCAGAGCAACAUAGUGUCAAUGUCAUUUCCAUAGAACUGGAUGAGUGGAGUUCUCAGAUGUUGAUCUCAGAGUCUUGUAUUGUCAACGAGUUACCCCUUGUAUCUGCCGGAAGAUUUGAGCAAGGCCAUCUUUCUACACCCUCAGCUUCCAUUUCGGGCCCCACCAGUCCAGACAGCCAGCUGCUUUACCCCGACCUCACACUGACUGAGGAAGAGCAGAAACUGCUGAACCAAGAGGGUAUCUCACUGCCCAACAACCUGCCCCUUACCAAGGCAGAGGAGAGGAUACUGAAAAAAGUGAGACGCAAAAUACGCAACAAACAGUCAGCUCAGGACAGUCGUCGCAGAAAGAAGGACUAUGUGGACGGUCUGGAGAGCAGGGCAGCAGCGUGCUCAGCCCAAAACAAGGAGCUGCAGAGGACAGUGGAACAGCUGGAGAAACACAACAUGUCCCUGUUGGCUCAGCUGAGGAGGCUGCAGUCUCUGAUUAAGCAGACAGUCUCUAAAGCAGCACAGACCAGCACCUGUGUCAUGAUUAUCAUCUUUUCUCUGGGCCUCAUUAUCUUCCCCAGUUACAGCCCUUUCCACUGGGGCACAGUGUCUGUAGAAGAGGAUUAUACACCGAAAGGGGUUAUCUCUAGAAACAUCCUCACAGAUCCUGCUUCAUCCCUGCAAAUUGUUGAGGAUGUGGACAAGCUUAUCGUCCGGCCGGAGUCCCUACCAGCCUCCCUUGACCUCAACCAAUCUGAUCCCCCAGACACUUCCACAGUAUUCAAGCCACCAAUAGAACAUCCAGAAAUCACUGUAAUUGAGGGUGUGGCAAUAGAGGAGAGCCCACCAAGGAACAGCUCGGCUCUGAUUGACGAGCGGACUGAACCUCUGGCUAUAGUGUCAGCACCAGGAAAAGGGAGCACAAGCCUUGACCACACCCCAGCACAUGCUGAUGAGAUGUAGACAGCCAAUUAAUCAGCCAAUGUGACUACAUUACAUUUACUUUGUGGAGCUCUUCAAAGCUCAUUGGAUUCAUUACGGACAAUGUGCAUGUUCCAAUUACCACCAUUGGUUUUCAGCAUUCAGUGCCAAAUUAUAGCCUUACUCUUUUUACUACUUUUACUAUUAGCAAGGUGUGGAACCAGGAUUCAUUGGAGUUGUCAAGAAAAUGGGUUAUAAAUGUUUUAGACAGUUUUGACCUGCAAUGUUUUAUAUAAUAAGGGUUUGUUAUAUUUCCCACUUUGAACUCUGAGGGGUUAGGACAGUGGUUCCCAGCUCUGGUCUUCAAGAACCCUUGAAAGCACACAUUUUUAUGUAGCCCCAGACAAAAACACUAAUUUCAGCUCUUUAAGGGACUGAUAAUUAGUUGACUAGUUUAAUGGGGUCAGCUUGGUUGGGGCUACAAGGAAAUGUGUAGAGUUUGAACAACCAGAGUUGGGAACCACUGGGUUAGUACAUCCUUUGGAAAAGAUGAUUGUUCUGAGAUUGUGGCUGAAAAAACACCACAGAUUAUUAUAUUGUUUUGGCUAUGCAUACUUUAAGCAGGUCUUGGUGUAAAAUGCAAAUAUACACACACAGAUUAAAAUAAGCGCUCAUUGGAACUGAACUAUAUCAUUUCAAUCAAUCAACCAAUCAAGUGUAUUUAUAAAGCCCUUUUUACAUCAGCAGUUGUCACAGAGUGCUUUUACAAAACACCUGGCCUUAAACCCCAAGGAACAAACAACAGUAGUGUUGAAUUUCAGUAGCUAAAAAAAACUCCCCAAGGUGGCCGAAAAUUAGGAAGAAAUGUAGAAAGGACCCAGGCUCAGAGGGGUGACCAGUCCUCUUCUGGC